CACGGGAGGUUCUUCUGCUUCUCGUUCCUUGACCGAUCCGCGACUCCGGCUUCGACUGUGUGCUGCUCUUGACGAGCAGAGAACGAUCAAGGAUGGCUCUUUUAACCCUAAGGCUGGCCGCCUCGGUCGCGAGGCAAUUGCCCAACAAUACCGUACAGAUCAGUUGGCCCGUCACUGGUGUCGCUACCAGGAAGUACCAUGUCUCGUGCAGUCGCAGAUCGGCCGAAAUCUCUUCGAUCCUGGAAGAGCGCAUUCUUGGUGCUUCAGCGAAAGCUAACCUCGAAGAAACCGGGCGUGUGCUCAGUAUCGGUGACGGUAUCGCUCGUGUCUAUGGCUUAAAGAACAUUCAAGCAGAUGAGAUGGUAGAAUUCAGUUCUGGAUUGAAGGGUAUGGCUCUUAACUUGGAGCCUGAUAACGUAGGUAUUGUCGUCUUUGGUAACGACAGGCAUAUCAAGGAGGGAGAUAUCGUCAAGCGUACCGGAGCUAUCGUAGACGUCCCAGUUGGCGAAGAGCUGUUGGGUCGUGUUGUCGAUGCAUUGGGCAACCCUAUCGAUGGCAAGGGGCCACUCAAUAACAAGCUUCGAUUCCGUAUCGGAACGAAAGCCCCUGGUAUCAUUCCCAGAGUAUCUGUUAGGGAGCCUAUGCAGACAGGUAUCAAGGCUGUCGAUUCCUUGGUACCGAUUGGUCGAGGGCAGAGAGAGUUGAUCAUCGGUGACAGGCAGACGGGUAAAACUGCUCUAGCCAUUGAUACCAUUAUUAAUCAGAAGCGCUUCAACUCGGCUGGAGAAGAGAAGAAGAAACUAUAUUGCAUCUAUGUUGCCAUUGGCCAGAAGAGAUCUACCGUCGCUCAGAUUGUGAAACGUUUAACUGACAGUGGUGCCAUCAACUAUACCAUCAUCGUUUCGGCCACCGCUUCCGAUGCUGCUCCUCUGCAGUACUUGGCUCCUUACUCGGGCUGUGCCAUGGGAGAAUUCUUCAGGGACAAUGGCAAACAUGCCCUGAUCAUAUAUGAUGACUUGUCGAAACAGGCUGUUGCCUAUCGUCAAAUGUCCCUGUUGCUCAGGCGACCACCGGGUCGUGAAGCUUACCCCGGUGAUGUAUUCUACCUUCAUUCUCGACUCCUGGAGAGAGCUGCCAAAAUGAAUGAAUCUCUUGGAGGUGGUUCUUUGACUGCUUUGCCAGUUAUCGAAACUCAAGCUGGUGACGUGUCUGCCUACAUCCCAACUAAUGUCAUUUCCAUUACCGAUGGACAAAUUUUCCUGGAAACGGAAUUAUUCUACAAAGGUAUCCGACCAGCCAUCAAUGUCGGCUUGUCCGUAUCACGAGUAGGAUCUGCUGCGCAGACCAAGGCCAUGAAACAAGUCGCUGGCUCCAUGAAAUUAGAAUUAGCCCAGUAUCGUGAAGUCGCUGCCUUCGCUCAGUUUGGUUCCGAUUUGGACGCAGCUACUCAACAGCUGUUGAACCGUGGUGUCCGGCUUACCGAGCUCCUCAAACAAGGCCAAUAUGUCCCGAUGGCCAUUGAAGAACAGGUAGCAGUUAUCUAUUGCGGAGUCCGAGGCUAUCUCGACAAAAUGGAUCCCAGUAAAAUCACAGCUUUCGAGAAAGAGUUCCUUGCUCACAUCAGGUCAACGCAACAAGAUCUUCUUUCAACGAUUGCUAAAGAAAACACCAUUUCUGAGGCGUCCGACGCGAAACUGAAGAAAGUUGUAACCGAUUUCUUGGGCAACUUUUCAGCAUAAAUCAUCAUGAACGCAUUACAUUCAGCUACCGAUAGCUAAUUGAUUGUGCGCCACCGUGUUGCGUACAUUCAAGACUGACGUAACAUUGAUAUACGUCUGUUCCCUUUCCUAUGCGGAAUUAUAAAUCGUAUAUCAAUUGCACGCCAAUACGUCAUUAAAAAAAAAAGAAGGAAAAAAUAAUUCCACACUUGAUAAACACGAUAGUCAUACGCAUAUAUUGAUACGUUACAUGUUGAACGAUAAUGAAAAUAAAGUAUCUGUACCAAUUU